CUGUGGGGGAGGGGAAGGAGCCGGGCUGUGUGGGAAGUUAGCGGUUAGCUGCAGGAGAAUGACCCAGCCGCCGCCGAAACCGUGGGAAAGGCGAAUUCCUGGAGUUGUAGGAGCUCCACUAAGCUAUCGUUCCACAGAUUUUGCGACAGGAAGUGGCCUGACGUCAUCGGGUCCUUCCGUCGCGACGCGUGUGGCGCCGCCGAUCCCCCCUCGUCCGAUCCAGCAGACCUACCGUCCAGCCUACAGCGCGUUCCCGUCCUCCUACAGCCCCUUCAGCAGCUCUCCCUAUGGAGGUUACAGCCCGUACAGCUACGGUGGUUUGGGGUACAGCCGCUUCCUGCCUGAGGACGCGCCCCCGAGCCGCUUCGUGCAGCAGGCGGAGGAGAGCAGCCGAGGCGCCUUCCAGUCCGUCGAGAGCAUCGUGCACGCCUUCUCCUCCGUCAGCAUGAUGCUGGACGCCACCUUCUCAGCCGUCUACAACAGCUUCCGUGCCGUGCUCGACGUGGCCAACCACUUCUCCCGUCUGCGCAUCCACUUCACCAAAGUGCUGUCUGCCUUCGCCCUGGUGCGGACGCUGCGCUACCUGUACCGCCGGCUGCAGAGGAUCCUGGGAAUGAGGCCGGGCGCUGAGGUGGAGGACCUGUGGGAGGACAGUGCUUCAAGCGCCGUAGUGCCAGGAGGCAGAGAAGCCGCUGCUGGGGAUUCCAGAGAUGGCGCGGUGAAGUCUUGGCCCAUAUUUCUGUUUCUCGCAGUGGUUUUUGGUGGACCGUACCUGAUCUGGAAACUUCUGAGAUCUGCGGAGGGCACAGAGGAGCAUGGCAGUAAUUGGGCAAGCGGUGAAGAUGACCACGUGGUAGCCAGAGCUGAGUAUGACUUCUCUGCUGCUUCUGAAGAAGAGAUCUCUCUGCAAGCUGGAGAUAUGCUGAACCUGGCUCCAAAGGAGCAACAGCCGAGGGUGCGUGGGUGGCUGCUGGCCAGCGUGGACGGCCAGACCACAGGCCUCGUCCCUGCCAACUACAUCAAGAUCCUGGGCAGAAGGAGGGGCAGGAGGCAAGCCGAGCUGGAAAGGUUGGCACAGCUCCAACAGGAGCAGCAGGUUCUGCAGUCAGCGCCAGGUCAGGUUACGAUGACCAUGCCAACCUCAACCAGUCAACCAGACCACGAGGAGCUGCUGGAGUGUGUGUACAGAGAAACUCCAGCAUCUCACGCAAACCCAGCUGUCACGAUGAGCAACAGCAGCACAAACACUGCUCUCGGAAACUCUGAGAAACUUGACUUGUGAGUGAGUGUGUGUGUGUGUGUGUGUGUGUGUGUGUGUGUGUGGUGUGUAACUGACAGUUCUCCAGGGUUGAUCUGAAUCUUCCCAAGUGUAAUCUCCAUCCAUCUGCUUUUAUGCAUCUUAAAUUUGGGCAAACAGAAUGUUUUUGCUUGGCUGAUAAGGAGACGGUUGUUAUUUGUAUAAAGAAAAGACAUAAUAAUGGAAACUGAUUUUUUUUUUUUUUAAAGUAGAUGUUGACAAGUGCGCGUUAAAGUCUCCAUGACUGUUUCAAUUCCGAGCUCUUUUGAUGACUCUUUUUCGCUCCUUUAGUUGAAUUUUUCAUAAAUUCGCUUAAAAAUGUGCUAAACAUUUGGAUGGAAGCAGAAUAAAAUUUGUUGGAGGACACUGGGGUGAACUGCGACUGCUCUGCUGGGUGAUUAGAUCAGGAUUACAGCUAUGAUCAGGAUGAUUUGAUGCUAAAUUGCUCACUUGUACGUUAUUGUACUGUAUUUUUCAUGGAGUGUAAAUGAAUGAAAUAAAACAAGAAGCUGAUCAGGAAUUAAAACAAACUAUUGAAUAAAAGUCUUGGAGUUUA